GGAUUUUUGGAUGUCCGGUCCGGACCACAAGGGCAGAGUGGGACUCCUGAGUGUUCGAUCCUCCCCGGAGGCAUUUUGAUCGGUCAUGGCAAGGUGAAUUAUUAUACUUCCUCUUUUUGCUUCGAUAUCGUCAGACAUGAGCGCUGAAGUUCAGAAGUCCAAGGCCAACCCCAUGCGCAGCCUUCACAUUGAGAAGCUUGUGCUGAACAUCUCUGUCGGUGAGUCUGGUGACAGACUUACUCGUGCUGCCAAGGUGCUCGAACAAUUGACCGGUCAAACUCCCGUCUACUCCAAGGCACGUUACACCGUCCGUACUUUCGGUAUCCGUCGUAACGAAAAGAUUGCCGUCCACGUUACCGUCCGUGGCGCCAAGGCUGAGGAAAUCUUGGAACGUGGUUUGAAGGUCAAGGAAUACGAAUUGCGUGCCCGCAACUUCUCCGAAACCGGCAACUUCGGUUUCGGUAUUGACGAGCACAUUGAUUUGGGUAUCAAGUACGAUCCUUCCAUCGGUAUCUACGGUAUGGACUACUACGUCGUCAUGGGUCGCCCCGGUAACCGUGUCGCCCGCCGCAAGCACUGCAAGACCACCGUCGGCCCCCACCACCGUAUCAAGAAGGAAGAAUCCAUGGAAUGGUUCAAGUCUCGUUUCGACGGUAUUGUCUUGAACAAAUAAAUAUUGAAUCGUUUCUUCGCUGUAUAAUAUAUAUGGCAUUUUGCAGUAAAACUACAAUAUAUACGUGGUCUACAUUACAAAUUCGAUGUCUGCCAAACUGUG